GAAAAAGAGAAUUUUUUUCGUCAAAGACGAAGGAUUGAAAUAUGGCUACUGGCUAUGGAACUCCACAAUUCCAUCUAAAUUGUGACCAAUGUGAAGAACGAUGUGGCUUCCACUGUAACAUAUGCGGUCUUAAACUAUGUGAUUCCUGCAAGGACAAACACAGCGUGGACCCAGUAACAUCACACCACAAGGUCAUUCAAUUUUCAGACCAGGAAAUUUUUAAAUUCCUCAAUGAGAAGUGUCAAUUACACACUGACGAAAACCUAUGUAAAUUGUGUUCGAACUGUGAGACUUUUGUCUGCACGAAGUGCACUGUAAAGCCUAUUCACAAGGACCAUUUAUUCCUUGACAUGAGAGAUUUGUAUAAAUGUUAUUCUGAAACACGUAGAAGUGAAAUAUCGAAAAUUCGGGAACGUCUAAUACCAACGUCUAACAAUAUUGUUCGUGAUGUCGUACAAGAUGUUACAAAUAUAAAAGACAUGUUUAAAAUCAUUAGGAGUGGUUUAAUAUCCGAAGCUGCUGUUCUUAAAACUUUUUUCGAUGAUGUAGUUUCUGAUAAAAUUGACAAACUUGGAAAAAUCGAAAAAGAUAUUAUCGAAAAUCUUAAUAAUGAAGGAGAUACUUUAACAGACUAUAUAUCAUAUUUAACUAAUCUCAGACAAACAUACGAAGCGAAACUUCUGAAUACAGAUAAAAAUGACAUCAUAGUCAGUCAAAGGGAAAAUACGACAAUAAAAAUAAUCCCUAUUCCUGAAACUCACACUCCUGAUACUUACGAGUACAAACCAAGAGGAGCCCCUCUUGAGGAAGUGACCAAAUUGUUCGGUAGGGUCAGGCUUAAAGCAAAUGGAGCAAAAAGGUUUGUGGAUAUUGAUGAUACAUUGAUAUUAGAUACAAAGCAGAAGAUACCAGAUAAAACAAAAAUAAAACCAGAUAUGGUUUUAAGAAGGUCAGUAGUGGCAGAAAAGUUGAGGGAAAUAAAUGUAAACGGAGUCCAUGAUGGGUGCCAUCUUUCAUUUGACAUCGACAGAUUAUGGGUAAGCGACACUAGGUGCGUUAUUCUCCAAGCCGAUUUACAUGGUAAACUCUUACAGAAGAUCAAUGCUGCUGGGGGUGAAGGAUACCAUUCAACAAACAAGGCUAGAGAUCUGCUUUUCGCAGACAAAGAAAAAAGGGUCAUCUGUAAAAUGACGAUUGAAAAAGAAGUGACAGACUUCAUAAGUACAGAAGAUUGGGUUCCGAAAUGUGUGUUCUGUUCUUUGAUAACUAAGGACAUUCUCGUGGGUAUGGUCAAAGAGACACAAGGGUCUAAAAUUAGGAGUAAAAUUAAAAGAUACGAUAACGAUGGAUUAAUGAUACGGGAAUACAAUAAGAAUAUGACAAAGCAACGUCUGUAUGAAUUCCCAUCGUACAUUUGCGAAAACAAGAACGAAGAUGUUUGCACUUCUGACCACAGAAAGAAAGCUGUCGUAGUUGUAUCAAAAUCAGGAAGACAUAAAUUUUCCUAUCAAGGGUCGAGUCAAAGGACAUUUUCUCCAAAUGGAAUCUGCACUGAUGACUUAGGACACCUUCUAAUAUGUGACGGGGCAUCCAAUACUGUUCACAUUGUCGAUGAGAAUGGAAGUUUUAUUGCCUUAUUAAUAAACGAGGAAUUUGGUCUAAAGAAUCCAUGUGGACUUUGUCUAGAUGAAGAAAAUAACCUCUUAGUGGGACAAUGGGACAAGAAAACAAUAUCCGUCUUUAAGUAUUUGGAUUACUGUUCUCAAUAGA